UCAGACCCAUAUGUAUCUUUGCACUGGUCUGCACUAUCUUGAACUUUCUUCAACUAGUACAGUUCCAGUGCAGCCCUAGGUCAGGUCGAAAGAACAAACCUAAUGUCGCUGUUAUCGUCAGUAUGACAGUUUUUCUAACCUUAAAAGUGAUCAACUUUAUCAAUUAAUAUUUCGCUUUACCGUGAAGAGCGACGAUUUUGGCUUUCAGAUUUGAUUUUUACGUGUCAAAAUACACUAUCUUAUCAAAUUUUAAGAAAAUCGAUGAGGUCGAGUAUUUCCUUCACAAUUACCAUAAAGCUUAUAAACGAUGUGGAUGUGGAAAACAUCAGUUGUUACCGCAUCAGAUCAUAUAUUUCCUGGUUUGGCAUAUUACAACCGAAGAAAAGAAUUUUAUGACAUAGGAAAUCAAAUACAAUCCAGCUUACCAUUGCAAAUGGCAUUGUAUUUUAAUGUAUGGGUAUAUCCAUUGUGGCUUCUAGUAAUACUUGUUAAUUUAGAUGCAAAGUAUUACUAUUUAACUGAUGUGUACAAAUUUAUAACUGUAGCAGUAUUCAUUGUUCUAUCCAUAUUAGAAGGUAUACGAUUGUACUUGGGAUACCUUGGAAAUUUGGGAGAAAAGAUUCCAGAGCUGGCAAGCUUUUGGCUUAUAUCUACUCUCAUUCAUUUUCCUUUGGAGAUAUUCCUCCUUGUCGAUAAAAAAACCAAGCCCCACCUUAGUGAAACAAUUGCUAACAGCAUCAUGAUGUUUCUACUUGUCAUUGAAAUUAUAACAGCUACAAUAGCUUUAAAGAGAUCUGCUGAUCAUCACGCUAAAAGAUUUUACAUUGCACAGUUAUUUGGUAUUGAUGAUAAAGCACAGUAACGCAUCAAUUUAAAUUUAUCAUUGAAGGAGAUAAAGGCAGAAGAAUUAAUGUAUGUGGUUAUAUUUUUUGCAAUUUUAUAUUUUUAAUUAGUAAUACAUAUAUAUUUUUUCUCGCCAACUUGCAAACUCGGUAGUACGUUAUAUUGUCUCCGUAAUAUCUUCGUUUUGCUAAAUCUAACUUAUUAAAAUAAUAUAAGAUAUACUGUACAUAUGUGUAUAUGUGUUUAAUAAUAUACAAGUGCCUUUUUGCCCCAA